AUGUGAUUAAAACCGGUACAAAACCUUGUCAAUGAAGUAUCGUCACAUACUCUGCAUUACAGAUUCUUGCAUAAAGUCAAAUCAAAUACAAAGACUUCUUUCAUUUUAGUUUUAUGCUAUUGUAUAAAGACACUAGAUGAAAUAACAACCUUCCAAGAAAUUUGCCUGCAACGUGAUUAG